AUGAACAUCUCGCCACUUCGGCCUCUGUUCCUGGUGCUCUUCCUGCUCUGUCUCUCGCCCUGUCGAAGUGCAGAGCCCGAUGCUCACGCCGCCGCCGACGACGAAGCAAAUCCGGGCGUUGAGGAGCAGAUCGAGGACACCGAAGUGGCACAAGCACAUCUGGAACCAUUUUCUGAACACUACUCGUUGCGCAACUACUUUGGUCCUCUGGUGGGGAAUACGCGCGAAGGGGUUGCUCGCUCGCAAGCACACCUCGAUUCCAGCGGUAGCCGCUUCAUUGUGGUCAAAAGUCCGGUACACCGCACAGGGCAGGUGGCGUACUCGACGUAUGCGCUGGCACGUGCCAACACCGCACACUCGAAACACGCAGUUGUGAUGCUCGACCUUGGCCUGGGACGGAGAAGUGUGCUACUAGGGGAGGCCCACUUCCGCGAGAGUCUUUCCAUGCAGACGCUGGACAGCAUUUUGAGUCGCAUCGGUCAAGAUGCUACUUGGGAUCGGGACAAAAUUGUAAGAGCGUUUGGCGAAAUCGCUGUGGAGCUGGAGUGA